ACAACAUUGGUUUUCUGGUUUUUUUUUUAAUGUCUGGCUAAUUCUAGUCUGAAAUCUCUUUCUGAACUUUUUUGUCGAUUGAUUCUUUCUGUUGUACGACCCUUUUCCGACAGUUCUGAGAUUCGUUGCCCGUCAUUAUGGAUAAUUUAAAGGAAUUUUCGAAAGACGAUGUUGAACGACAACCGAAGGAACUGAUCGUGAAACAUGAGGGGAAGGAUUUUGCGUCGUCCUUUCCGCAGCUUAGCAGCCUUGGAUUAAGUUUCGAAAGCAUCAAGCAUUUAGGGGAGGCCGAUAAUUCUGCUUCGAUUUAUGAAUUCACUUACGGACAUGCGGAUGAGCUGUCCAGAUUUUUUGAUGGCCGUAUGGAUGCUGUUGCUGCAUUUCUCAUGAAGUGUAGUGUGCAAUUUGAGAAUUCAUCAAUCGAUCUAGUGAAAUCCAGAGUGGGGCAAGUAAUCAGCAGAGUCCGUGAGAAGUACAGAUGGAGAAACAACCCGAAGAGGUUUAAACACAACGCUGUCACGUAUGAAUGCUACAUCAAUACACCUUUCGCCACUGCUACAAAGGGUCCAGGAAAGCAUCCAGAUCUGAAACAGCUUACGCCAGCCGAACAGUCAGUUAUUUUGGAGAAGCCAUCGCCGGAUGUUGCUGUAAAAUCUUCGAUGGCGUCCAGUACUGAAAAGACUGCUUCGGGGUAUCCAGUUUAUUGCUCAUCUCACGAAAAUUACGGGCACGCUCUCAGUUAUGAUUUGGAACCCAUAAAACCAGCGUUUGCUGCAGAAUCUCUGCAUCUAGCCGCUAUGGAAGGAAAGGAUGGGAGUACGAGCGAAAGCACAUUUGGAAUCAGCUCUUCUCCGCUUCCCAGUUCUCUCUACAUUAUCCCCAAACGCAGUUCCGCAGAAAAUUCGCUCGUUAUAAUGAACUCUGGUGGAUUUACUUCAUCCUUUCCGCUUUUAGCCAGUUUAGGACUGACGCUACAAUCCACUGCAACUUUAAGUCGGAGUGAUUAUGCUGACCAGACUAGAUAUCCUUUUACUGAUGGAUACAUUAACGAGUUGCUACGAUUCUUUUCUGGAAAAGUGGACACCGUGGUCGACGUUCUCCUUCAUCAUAGAGUCGGCUUGGAAAAUGCUGAAAAAGAAACUGUGAGGAGGAGGCUGCAAGCAAUCUUGCCCGCACUCCGCCUGAAGAAUAAGAGUCGCGACACAGUCACAGAUACGAGUACUAUGACCACUGAUUUCUCCAGUUACCUUGAGAAACCAUACAAAGCCGAUCCUGCUGAUAAGUGCACCGUUGUGCCGCCUCCGAAAGAAACUCUUGUCCCCACUUCAUACACCUUUCACUUCACUACGGAAGUCAACUCUUCGGAUGAUGAAGAAGAGGAAUCCCAAAGCGAAUCCUUGCAGCCGCAGUCUUCUGCACCAGACUUGUCCGCUGUGACCGCUGACUGUGCAGAGUUGCAGCAGAUCGAUGUCCUUCCGAAUAAAGUACUCGAUAAAAGAACUUUGCGGAAGAGUUCACGAUUACAGUCUCGGAUGGAGGUAGAAAAUGGACUGCCAGAUUUAGCACCAGGUGAAAUGGUUUGGCAUUCCGAUGCUGCGGCACUGAAGUAUUCUUUGAAAAAUCAGGUGCAAUUUCUUGCCGAAGAAAAUGCAAAACUUAAACUUCGAGUGGAAGCGAUGGAAGCUACCCGUGCAGACAAAGCGCGUCGCUUGAAAGCUGCAGAGAUGCGUUUGUCGAGGUUCGAGAAGAGCCGGGAAAAAUCGCAGAAGCCAGUCUGUGUUGUCGUCAAAGAACUGAUACCGACUUCGAUGCCUGCGGUGUCCUAUCCAGUUCAGUCGAAUCAGCCUGCGGAAAAUCCUAUAGCUCAAAAGGAAUUACGAGUGAUGAAAAAUUCCAGAAACCAACUUCAUUACCAACUCAAACGACUUAAGAAAGCCCAUAAAGAACUACGGAUCGAACAUGAAAAGUUGAAAAAAGAAUCUCUAACCCUUUCUCGAAAGAAUCAGAGGCUGGAAAGACAGUGCCGCAUCCUAUCAGAAGAUGACGCCUACAAUUUUGACGAAAGGCUCCGUAAAAAGUUACUGUGGAUUAAAUCCCCGGGUCGGCGAUACCAUGAAAACUUCCGGUCCCUUAUCUCCAAGUUACAUCGAAAUUAUGGCGUUGCCUCUACAAAAAUGUCUCAAAUGUUGGACGAAAUUUUUCGCACAAUGCUCUCAGUUGAUCUUGUUGGGCUCCCGUCCAAGACAUCUGUCUUGGCUAUGAUUAAAGAAGCGGCAGUUAGCGAGAAAGACCAAAUAGACAAAACGAUCCAUGAAGUGCUGGAAACCGCGUCUGGUGAUCGGGGCAGCGUUUCAUCCGGAAGUGAUAGUUAAGUCCAGUUAAUGCCUUAUGAAGAAAAUGUCUGCUGUCACGCAAAAUAUGGGAUAUUUUUGCAAACGUUGAUGCCUAACAGUGGUGAUUCAUUUAAGCUUUCGGUAAUCAUAGUAAAUUACUUUGAUUGUUGACAGAGAUUUCGGGUUCGGUUGAUUUUGUAACAUAGCGUAAAUGUAUUAUAUAGUUUGUAGUACAACAGCAACUGGUUUUGUUAAGUAUCUUGUAAUCUGUAAAAUGCAUUAAAACCACCGCAGUUCAAACAAACUUUGUCCUCCAGCCAGAAUGUUUGUAAGGAGUUUGUGCCUUUGUCAACUAAUCCUCUGUUCAAGAACCGCAGGUCAUCUGCUCCGGCAUCCAUCACCAGUUGAACGGUGGUCUGGUUGACUUGAAUUCUGGAUGGUUUUCCGCUGUUUGCCAAACGGCUAGCAACGUUCAUCGUUUCGCCGAUGCUGCAAAUUAGGUGUGAAAGUAUCAAACGAGCGGCAUUAAACUGUCCGAAAUUUGGACUAUAUACGUGCGGUUCAGAUGACCUUACACAUUGUAGCGGGGUACUUUGAAUCCGAGAACCGCUGUCACACAGGAACCUACAGAAUAUAAGACUUUGACAUGUAGUUUAUGAACUGAAAUUUGGUUUCGCAAACCAGUGUCGAUGCCCAUCUGGAGUUGCAAAUGAUUAUCGUAAUAUCUUCUCGUGAAUUUCUUUCGCAGCUGAAUAGCAAAGCGGCAUAUUUCCACCGCAUGCCGCAGACCAUUUUCCAUCGGCACACCGCUUACAACCUGAAAUUUCAUUUUCGGACCGCGAUGAGCUAGUGACUGCUUUUCAUA